AUGAAUGAUGGUGAGCACGCAGGAUCAACAUCGUUGCCCCCUCCGUCACUAUCGCCAGCUACGUCGCUUUUCCCUAUGGUUGUGGUUGUGCAACCCAAGGAUCCCGGAACUUUCUGCGGGACGGAUGGAGCCGAUGUUGAAGAGUGGCUGGCUAUGUACGAACGCGAACUGGCCUCCCAUGCCCAAUCUUCCACAGAGUGCUAUGUCUUGUACAUUGAGGACGGGCUGGCACUGUGUCAUAAAGCCGAUCACGACAUGACAGAAGCUGAGAAGGAUGUGAUACUCCAGCUCAAGCAUCAAGUCAUCGAUGACAUGUGUCGCAGCGCCAAGGCAAUCCUGGGCCUUGACCUGGAGAGUGCUUUCGACAGGGUCAGCCGUUCGGCCUUCUGGGAGAUCACUGAGCUCAACCUCGCAUCGAGGUCUCCUAUUUCUCCAUCAACUGCCACGUGUGACAACUCAAAGCAAGGAUACCUGCAUCGAUGUGACCUAUGUGACCACGAGGCUGAUAAAUUGUUUCAUCUGGACGCAUAUGCCAGCUUCCAUACCGACGAAAAACCAUAUCAGUGCCCUUUAUGCUCUCGGAGCCUUUCAGGAAAGGGCCACCUAAAAAUCCACUUGCGCACUCACACAGGUGAGAAGCCCUAUCAGGGCCCUUCAUGCUCUCGGAGCUUCUCAGUAAAGGACAACGUUAUGAAACACCUGCACGCCCACACUGGCGAGAAGACAAAUCAGUGCCCUUCAUGCUCUCGGAACUUCUCAGAAAAAGACAAGCUUACGAAACACCUGCGCUCCCACACAGAUGAGAAGCCACAUCAGUGCCCUUCAUGCUCACAGAGCUUCUCAGAAAAGGGCAACCUCAUGAUACACCUGCGCACCCACACAGGCGAGAAGCCAUUUCAAUGCCAUUCAUGCCCUCGUAGCUUCUCACGAAAGAACCGCCUGAACGAACACCUGUGCACCCAUACAAGUGAGAAGCCAUUUGAGUGCCCUUCGUGCCUUCAGAGCUUCUCACAAAAGGCCAGCCUGAAAUCGCACGUGUGCACCGACACAGGUGAGAAGCGAUAUCAGUGCCCUUCAUGCUCUCGGAGCUUCUUGCGAAUGAGUCACCUGAAUGAACACCUGCGCACCCACACAGGUGAGAAGCCAUUUCAGUGCCCUUCAUGCCUUCGGAGCUUCUCACAAAAGGCCUACCUGAAAUCUCACCUGCGUACCCACACAGGCGAGAAGCCUUAUGAGUGCCCUUCAUGCUCUCGCGGCUUCUCGCGAAAGAUUCUCCUGAAUAACCACCUCCGCACCCACACAGAGCUUCUCACCAAAGGCCAGCCUGAAAUCCCACCUGCGUACCCACACAGGCGAGAAGCCUUAUGA